AUGGGAUCCCUGUGGAGCUGGUGGGCCCUCUGGGCCGGAGCGACUCUCCUGUGGGCUCGGCUCUCCGCAGCAGAGACUUCCUGCCAAGGCAUGCGGUGUACAUCUGGACAGCGCUGCCAGAUGGUGAGUGGAAAGGCCAGCUGUGUGGCAGAGUCCACAGCUGUCUGCCGUGCCCAGGGUGAUCCCCACUACACCACCUUCGAUGGCCGCCGCUAUGACAUGAUGGGCACCUGCUCCUACACCAUGGCUGAGCUGACUGGAGAGGACAUGAGCCUGCCGGCCUUCAGUGUGGAGGCGAAGAAUGAGCACCGGGGCAGCCUCGUAGUCUCCUACGUGGGCUUGGUCACCGUCUACGCCUACAGCCACUCUGUGUCACUGAUUCGAGGAGAAAUUGGCUUCGCCCGGAUUGACAAUCAGCGCUCCCGCCUGCCCGCCUCCCUGAGUGAUGGUCAGCUGCGUGUGUACCAGAGUGGAACACAAGGCGUGAUCGAGCUGGACUUUGGGCUGGUGGUCACCUAUAACUGGGAUAGCCAGCUGACAGUGAGCCUGCCCACACGCUUCCAAAACCAGGUGUGGGGGCUGUGUGGCAACUAUAAUGGAGACCCUGCUGACGACUUCCUCACACCUGAUGGGGUACAGGCUCCAGAUGCCUUGGAAUUUGCAAAUAGCUGGAAGCUGGAUGACGGGGACUACCUGUGUGAUGAUGGCUGCCACGGCGAUUGUCCCACCUGCACUGCAGGCCAGACCCAGCACUAUGAGGGAGACCGGCUCUGUGGUAUGCUGACUCUGUCCACAGGCCCCUUCUCUGCCUGCCAUGAAUUCCUGGACCCUAAGCCUUUCCUGGAGGACUGUGUGUUUGACUUGUGUGUGACUGGAGGGGAGCGCCUCAGCCUGUGUCGGAGCCUUGCCGCCUAUGCCCAGGCCUGUGCGGAACUGGGCGUCUCUGAUGGGAACUGGAGGUCACACGCCGGCUGCCCCCUGUCCUGCCCAGCCAACAGCCGCUAUGAUACUUGCAGCCCUGCCUGCCCAGCCUCCUGCAACUCAGAAGCUGUACCGACCAACUGCUCUGGGCGCCCUUGUGUGGAGGGCUGCGUGUGCCUUCCAGGCUUUGUGGCCAGUGGUGGCGAGUGUGUACCCGAGUCAUCCUGUGGCUGCAUCUACCAGGGCCGCCCCCUGGCCCCAGGUCAGGAAGUUUUUGCUGAUGACCUAUGUCGGCAACGCUGCACCUGUGAUGCAGCCACCCAAAAGGUGAUUUGCAAAGACACAUCAGGAUGUCCUUCUGGUGAGCGCUGCCGUGUGCUGAACGGCCUCCUGGGUUGCUAUCCCGACAACUUCGCCAGCUGCGAGGCGUCCGGAGACCCGCACUACGUGAGCUUUGAUGGAAAGCGCUUUGACUUUAUGGGUACCUGCGCAUACCUGCUGGUGGGCUCAUGCGGCCAGGAUGCUGCACUGCCCGAGUUUAAGGUGCUGGUGGAAAAUGAACAUCGAGGCAGCCAGACCGUGAGCUACACCAGAGCUGUGCGGGUGGUGGCCCGCGGUGUAGAGGUGGCCGUGCGCAGAGAGUACCCAGCAAGAGUGAUGGUGGACGGCAUCCUUCAGUACUUGCCCUUCCAGGCUGCAGACGGGCAAGUUGAGGUGUUCCGCCAGGGCAACGAUGCUGUUAUACGCACAGACUUUGGCUUGACCGUUACCUACAAUUGGGAUGCUCGUGUGACUGCCAAGGUGCCCAGCAGCUACGCCAAGGCUGUGUGUGGGCUCUGUGGGAACUUCAAUGGGGACCCAGAUGAUGAUCUGGCUCUGAAGGACGGAGGCCAAGCCAACAGCACUCUGGACUUUGGAAAUAGCUGGCAGGAGGAGAUAAUCCCUGGGUGUGGAGCAACUAACCCUGGUGACUGUUCCCAACUGGAUUCACUUGUGGCCCAGCAACAACAAAGCAAAAAGGAAUGUGGGAUCCUUACUGAUUCUGCGGGUCCCUUCAGGGAGUGUCACAAGUUGCUGAACCCCCAGGGUGCGCUACGUGACUGUGUCUAUGACCUCUGCCUGCUGCCCGGUCAGUCUAAGCCACUGUGUGAUGCUCUGGCUGCGUAUGCUGCUGCAUGCCAGGCUGCUGGGGGCACUGUGCAUCCCUGGAGGAGCGAGGAACUUUGCCCACCGACCUGCCCACCUAACAGUCACUAUGAGCAAUGUUCCUAUGGAUGCCCAAUAUCCUGUGGAGACCUGAAAGUGUCCCAAGGCUGUGGCUCAGAAUGCCAAGAGAGCUGUGUUUGUGAUGAUGGCUUUGCCCUCAGUGGUGAGUCUUGUGUGCCUCUGGCCUCCUGCGGCUGUGUACACCAGGGCACCUACUACCCACCAGGAGAAACUUUCUACCCUGGACCUGGAUGCGACUCUCUUUGCCACUGCCACGAAGGUGGACUGCUUUCUUGUGAGCCCUCAUCCUGUGGCUCACAUGAGACUUGCCAGCCGUCCAACGGAGUCCUGGGCUGUGUGCCUGCGGGCACUACCACCUGCCAGGCAUCAGGAGAUCCUCAUUACGUCACCUAUGAUGGCCAACGCUUUGACUUCAUGGGUACCUGUGUGUAUGUGCUAACACAAACUUGUGGAACCCUGCCCGGCCUAAACCAGUUCACUGUCCUGCAGGAGAAUGCGCCCUGGGGCAAUGGAGAUGCUAGUGCCACUAAGGCGAUCACGGUCCUGGUGGCUAACCACACCCUGCGACUGGAGCAGAGUCAGUGGAAGGUCCAGGUGAACGGUGUGGACAUGAAACUACCAGUGGAUCUGGAUGGGGGCAAGAUCCGUGUCUCCCAGCACGGGUAUGAUGUUGUGAUUGAAACUGAUUUUGGCCUGCGUGUGGUCUAUGACCUCAUGUACUAUGUACAGGUCACUAUCCCAGCCAGCUACUACCAGCAGAUGUGUGGUCUGUGUGGAGACUACAACGGGGACCCCAAGGAUGACUUCCAGAAGCCAAAUGGCUCACUGGCAUCCGACCCCACUGACUUCGGGAACUCCUGGGAGGAAGUUGUACCUGACUCCCCCUGUGCGCCAGCAACUCCUCCCUGCACAGGGGAUGGCUGUGGCACUGACUGUAGCCCUGAGUUGGAGGAUAAGUAUUAUGGGGUGGAGUUCUGCGGGCUGCUCACCAACACCUCGGGGCCACUGGCUGCCUGCCACAAGCUGAUAGACCCCAAGGGUCUCUUGGAAGACUGUGUCUUUGAUCUCUGCCAGAGUGAGGGGAACCUGAGCAUUCUCUGCAACAACAUCCAUGCCUAUGUGAGUGCCUGCCAGGCAGCUGGAGGGCAAGUGGAGCCGUGGAGGACUGAAACUUUCUGUCCGUUGGAGUGCCCCCCUCACAGCCACUAUGAGGUCUGUGCAGACACCUGCUCCCUGGGCUGCUGGGCUCUCAGUGCUCCGCCCAAGUGCCCAGAAGUGUGUGCUGAGGGCUGUGAAUGUGACUCCGGCUUCCUGUACAAUGGAAAAGCCUGUGUGCCCGUCCAGGAAUGUGGCUGCUACCACAAUGGGGUCUACUAUGAGCCAGAGGAGUCGGUUCUCAUUGAAAGUUGCCAGCAGCAGUGUGUGUGCCAUUCAGGAGAAGGCAUGGUGUGCAAGAAUCACAGCUGCAAUCCAGGACAGGUGUGCGAGCCCUCCGGAGGCAUCCUGACCUGCGUCACCAAAGACCCAUGCCACAAUGUCACUUGCCGGCCUCAGGAGACCUGCAAGGAUCAAGGUGGUCAGGCCGUGUGUGUGCCCAACUAUAAUUCCACAUGUUGGCUGUGGGGUGACCCUCACUACCACUCCUUCGAUGGCUGGAACUUUGACUUCAUGGGCACCUGCAGCUACCUGCUGGCAGGAACUGCCUGUCCUGGGGUCAGUGCCGAGGGCCUGACUCCCUUCACUGUCACCACCAAGAAUGAGAACCGGGGCAACCCGGCUGUGUCCUAUGUGAGACUGGUCACUGUGAGCGCCUACAACACCAACAUCACCAUCCACAAGAACGAGAUUGGAAAAGUCCGGGUGAAUGGAGUUUUGAUGGCCUUGCCUGUCUACCUGGCUGGUGGACGGAUUUCAGUGGUCCACGGGGGCUUCAAGGCUAUUCUGGUGACAGACUUCGGGCUUCAGGUCACCUAUGACUGGAACAUGAGGGUAGAGGUCACACUGCCCAGUAGCUACCAUGAUGCAGUGUGUGGGCUCUGUGGAAACAUGGACAAAAACCCCCAAAAUGACCAAGUCUUCCCUAACGGCACAACGGCACCCUCGAUACCCACCUGGGGUGGCAGCUGGCAGAUUCCAGGGUGGGACCCUCUUUGCUGGAAUGAAUGUCAGGGUUCCUGUCCAGUGUGCCCAGAGAACAAACUGGAGGAGUAUGAGGGCCCUGGCUACUGUGGACCUCUGGCUCCUGGUGCAGGGGGCCCCUUUGCCAGCUGCCAUGCCCAUGUGCCUCCUGAGAACUUCUUCAAGGGCUGCGUGCUGGAUGUCUGCAUGGGCGGUGGCAUCAAAGACAUUCUAUGCCAGUCCCUGGCUGCCUAUGCUGCUGCCUGCCAGGCUGCUGGCAUCCAAAUCACAGACUGGAGGACUCAGGCUGGCUGUGAGAUGUCCUGCCCUGACAACAGCCACUACGAGCUCUGUGGCCCACCCUGCCCAGCCAGCUGCCCGGCCCCUGCACGCCACACAACCCCAGCUGCAUGUGACGGGCCCUGUGUGGAGGGGUGCCAGUGUGACCAGGGCUUCGUGCUGAGUGCUGGGCAGUGCGUUCCCCUGGACAGUGGCUGUGGCUGCUGGGUCAAUGGCACAUACCAUGAAGCGGGCACCGAGUUUUGGACUGAUGCCAGCUGCUCUGAGAGGUGUCGCUGUGGACCUGGAAGUGAAUCCCUGAAUUGCACGUCUGCCAGCUGUGGGCUGGGUGAGGAGUGUGCCUUGUUGCCCUCCGGCCAGCUCGGCUGCCAACCAGCAAGCAUAGCUGAGUGCCAAGCCUGGGGCGAUCCCCAUUACAUCACCCUCGAUGGGCACCGAUUUGACUUCCAAGGCACCUGCGAGUACCUGCUGAGCGCACCCUGUGAAACGCCACCCGCAGGGACUGAAUACUUCAAUGUCACUGUGGUCAAUGAGCACAGGGGCAGCCAGGCGGUCAGCUACACACGCAGUGUCACUCUGAAUAUCUACGGCCUCAGCCUGACCCUUAGUGCCAGCUGGCCAAGGCAGCUACAGGUGAACGGAGAGUUUGUUGCUCUGCCCUUCUACCUGGACAAGCGACUGAGCAUUUACCUAAGUGGAGCAGACGUAGUAGUGAAAACCACAGCAGGGCUCUCCCUGACUUUUGAUGGCAACAGUUUUGUGCGCCUGCACGUGCCUGCAGCCUACGCAGGCGCCCUCUGUGGCUUGUGCGGGAACUACAACAAAAAUUCCAGUGAUGACCUGACAGCUGUAGAUGGAAAACCUGAGGGCUGGAAGGUGGGCGGAGCCCCAGGCUGUGAUGAUCAAUGCCAGUCUGAGCCUUGCCCAGAGACCUGCACACCUAAGGAACAGGAAUCCUUCAGUGGCCCCAACGCGUGCGGCAUCAUCUCAGACCCCGCAGGUCCACUAGCACCCUGCCACAGCCUCGUGCCACCCACGCAGUACUUCGAGGCUUGCUUGCUGGAUGCCUGUCAAGCUGGGGGCCAUUCAGGAGGUCUCUGUCCUGCCGUGGCCGCCUAUGUGGCAGCUUGUCAGGCUGUUGGAGCCCAACUUGGAGAGUGGAGGAAGCAAGACUUCUGUCCCCUCCAGUGUCCUGCCAACAGUCACUACCAGCUCUGUGGUGACUCCUGCCCUGUGAGCUGCCCAAGCCUCUUGGCCCCAGAGGGUUGUGAAACCACCUGCCGGGAGGGAUGUGCCUGUGAUUCUGGCUUUGUGCUCAGUGGUGACACCUGUGUGCCCGUGGGCCAGUGUGGCUGUCUCUACAAUGGACGCUACUACCAGCUGGGUGCCACAUUCUACCCAGGCUCUGAGUGUGAGCAGCUCUGUGAGUGUGGGGCAGAUGGGCAGGUCACCUGCAAGGAAGGCUCAGACUGCAAGCCCUAUGAGGAGUGCCGGAUAGAGAACGGUGUUCAGGCCUGCUAUCCCUCUGGUUGUGGCCACUGCCUGGCCAAUGGGGGCAUCCAUUACGUCACUCUUGAUGGACGGGUGUAUGAUCUUCAUGGCUCUUGCUCCUAUGUCUUGGCCAGUGUCUGUGACCCGAAACCUGGAGAUGAGGAGUUCUCCAUUGUGCUUGAGAAGAACUUGGCAGGUGAACCCCAGCGAGUGGUGGUUACCGUGGCAGGCCAUGUUGUGGCCCUGGCUCAUGGCCCACAGGUGACAGUGGAUGAUGAAGCUGUGGUCCUACCCAUGACUGUAGACCAUGUGACCGUGACUGCUGAAGGCCGGAAUAUGAUUCUGCAGACCAACAAUGGGCUGAAGGUUCUGUUCGACGGCGAUGCCCAUGUCCUCAUGUCCAUCCCUAGUUCCUUCCGUGGACAUAUCUGUGGCCUCUGUGGGAACUUCAAUGGGAACUGGAGUGACGACUUUGUGUUGCCCAAUGGAGACUUAGCCCCCAGUGCUGAGGCCUUUGGAGAAGCCUGGCGAGCUCCUGGCUCCUCCUUGGACUGUGGUGAGGGCUGUGGGGACCAAGGCUGCCCUGUGUGCUUGGCAGAGGAGACAAAAGAAUAUGAGAAAAACGAAGCCUGUGGGAAGAUGCAGGACGCCAAAGGCCCCUUCGCGGCCUGCCACCAGGUUCUGAGUCCCUUGGAAUACUUCCGCCAAUGUGUGUAUGACCUGUGUGCCAAUAAGGGCAACAAAACAUACCUCUGUCAAAGCCUGGCAGCCUAUACCGCAGCCUGUCAGGCAGCUGGUGCAACCGUGCAGCCCUGGAGGACAGAAGACUUCUGCCCUCUCCAGUGUCCUGCCCACAGCCACUACUCUGUCUGCACAAGCUCCUGCCAGGGCUCCUGCGCUGCUCUCGCUGGCCUCACCCAAUGCAGCACUCGCUGCUUUGAAGGAUGUGAGUGUGACGAUCACUUCCUGCUCUCCCAGGGUGUGUGCGUUCCUGCCCAACAAUGCGGCUGCACCUACAAUGGCCACUAUAUGCCGGUGAACUCCUCACUGUUGACCUCAGACUGCAGCCAGCUCUGUUGUUGCUCCGCAAGCACCGGCCUGUCAUGCCAUCCAACCAGCUGCCCAUCUGGCCAAGUCUGUAAGCUCCAAGACGGAGUCCGGAGCUGCCAGCCUGCCCAAGGUGUUUGCUCCAUCACUGUGGGGGCCAACCUCACCACCUUCGAUGGGGCUCACAAUGCCAUCAGCUCCCCUGGUGUCUAUGAGCUUUCUUCUCGCUGCCCGGGAAUCCAGAAGCCUGUGCCCUGGUACCGUGUGGUUGCUGAUGUGCAGUCUUGCGAUGGCAAUGACAAGAUCGUGGACAAAGUCCACAUCUUCUUCGAGGAUGGACUUGUGACUGUGACCCGAAACAACGGUGUCUGGGUGAACGGUCUCCGAGUGGAUCUCCCAGCUAGCGUGCUAACAUCUGUGUCUGUGAAGAGGCUUCCUGAUGGCUCCAUGUUGGUCCACCAGGAGGGAGGGGUCCAGGUCCAGCUUGGAAUAGAUGGGCAUCUGGAUGUGAUGGUCGGUGAUGACCAUGCGGGCAUCCUGUGUGGGGCCUGUGGAAACUUCGAUGGGGACCAGACCAAUGAUAAGUUUGGCUCUCAGGAGAACACAUCAAUGGAGAAAUGGGAAGCACAGGACUUCUCCCCAUGUUCCAGCUGAUCAGUCAGCACUGGCAAUGGACACUUCAAGAGCUGCAUCUUCCAGAAGCUACAGUGAUUGAAGGAUGCCCUGUGUCCCUUCCUUCCCUGUCCCUCCCCCUUGCUGAGCCACUGAGGCCACAUCUGAAAGCAUUGAGUAAAUGU